AUGUGUUGUCCUAUCGACCCCAAGGUGGCGUUUCCCCGCCGGGCCCAGCCUAAGCUGGUGACCAGGACAAAGAAGGUCUUUGUCGGAGGGCUGUCAGUCAAUACCACCAUCGAGGAUGUGAAGCAAUACUUUGACCAGUUCGGAAAGGUCGAUGAUGCCAUGCUCAUGUUUGACAAAACGACCAACAGACACAGAGGCUUUGGCUUUGUCACUUUCGAGAGCGAAGACGUGGUGGAGAAAGUGUGCGAGAUCCACUUCCACGACAUCAACAACAAAAUGGUUGAGUGUAAAAAGGCCCAGCCCAAGGAGGUGAUGUCCCCGACGGGGUCUGCCAGGGGCCGAUCACGGGUCAUGCCCUACGGCAUGGACGCCUUCAUGCUGGGCAUCGGCAUGCUAGGCUACCCAGGGUUCCAGGCUACCACCUACACUAGUCGCAGUUACUCUGGCAUCCCGCCAGGUUACACUUACCAGUUCCCUGAAUUCCAUUUAGAGAGGACCCCCCUCAUGACAUCAUCCCACCCCCCUGAGCUGACAGCCAUUCCUCUGACCGCGUAUGGACCAAUGGCAGCAGCCGCAGCAGCAGUAGUAAGAGGCUUCCUAGGCACCAGCAGCCCUGGACCAAUGGCUGACCUGUAUGCAGCAGCCAAUCAGGACUCAGGAGUCAGUAGCUACAUGAGCGCUGCUAGCCCCGCCCCCAGCUCGGGGUUUGGCCAUGGACUCGGGGGUCCUAUGAUUGCUACUGCUUUCACUAAUGGCUACCACUGAGAAGGCUCAGGUCACUGAACACAGGAUGGGCCCUCCUGGGCUGACGAUUGGAUCAAACCUGCUGGGUGCCCAUCGAUGGCACAAUUUGAUUGCGGUUCACAGGCUCUACCAGAAUGCUGGCUCCCUGCGGCCCCACCCACCAAGUGAAGAUUUGUUUAUUUUGUUUUAUUUGUUAAAUACUAAACUCUUGUUUAGUCGUACUAAUCUCACUCCAACACUCACCACCCCCACCCCUGUCUCUCCUCUUCUUAUCUCAACUGUCCUCCUAUAGGCUGAUUACUAGACAACUCCAUUUCUGUUUCCUUUACAGCAGGUUGAAAUAUGAAAAACUGCUACAGACAAACAAAAAAAAAUAAUCAAACAAAUCUCCGGUCAAAGUUCGUCAUUGUAUUCAUGACGAGUAUGGAGAAGAUAUUUUUUUUUGCUUACUUUAUGACAUUUUUUAAUUAUGUUAUUUUAUUUUCAUGUACGGUGUUUUUUCUCUUUAUGAAAUAUGUUGAAUCUGUUACUGACGUGAGAGAGAAAAAAAGAAAAAAAAAAAGAAAUGCUGUUAAAUAGGGUUUCAUUCGUUUCCAAAAGGAAUCAGACCAGUUUCAACUACACCCACGGUCUGGCGCCUCAGGCAAACUCCUUUAAAAAAAACACACAAAAAAAGUACUCAAAAAAAUAACUAAACUCAAGUGUCACGGGAAACAUAAAAUAAUACUAAAAUGUAUAUUUUGGUAGUCUUUAAAAAUCAAACCUUUGUAAUAUUGUUAUUAAUAUUGACAGUAAUAAUGAUAAUCUGUAAGGUAUUUUAUUCUGUAAUUGGUUUCAAAGCAAUGUUUUUAUGUCUUCCUGUAAGAUAUUGUAAAUAUACGCUGGGAGGGAGGGAGGGGGGGGGGGGUACUCUACUGGUUAACACACCAUUGACUGGUUGAUGGAAGAAGAAAAAAGGUACUAGUAGUAAUUUAACUGGACAUCAUCAACUACUUAGUAUGGUCAUCUCACUGUUUUACUCAGUAUGCAUACAGGAUGUAUACCAGCGUCAAGAUGUGCGUUCAGAGGGCCACCCAUCGUUGUCUAGAAACACGAUGCGAUGGAUACUUCGAAGGCCAAUUUUAAAGAACACACCUAGCAUAUCCAUUAUGGAAAAUGGAAACAUUUUCUUCUUGUUACCAUUUUGGAAAAUUUACAGACUUUUUGGAUGAAGGAAGAAAAAAGAACGAAACAGGAAGCAACUAUUCAUUUUGUAAUUAAUGCAACACAACGAUCGGGUGCAGAUCGAUUUAUGAUUAUACACUUACUGGAGUGAAAAAAAUAUUCGACUUUUAAAAAAUGCAUGGCUAUCUCCUUUUAAAAAUUCUGUUUGGAAGAUGAUUGGUCCGAGGACGGAGGAAGACGGCGAAGGCCUAGACGUGCACGAUGGGGAGCGAGGGUAUGGUCGGGGGCGGGGGCGGGAUUACGGGGUCUAUGGGGUUGACUGGCGCUAUUUGGAAUGGAUUAUAUAUAUAUACUUAUAUAUAUUUUUUUUGCUCAGUUUCCUUCGUAACUUUUUGAUUUUGUUUUUUUGUUGCCAUUCUCUUAUGUGGUGUUAUCAACGGUGAAAAACAAAUGAAGGACUUUCCUGAAGUGAGUCUAAAAAAAGAUACACUGAGGCCAUGUUUUUUGUCCUUUUUACUGCGCGAUGGAAGGUGCAUGAGCUCGUGUCUGCGUGUGUGAGAGACCGAAUGUCUGCGCACAUUUAUUAAUGUGUAACAUGGAACUACUUUUGGCUGACGAAGGAAACCAUUUAGAUUUCGCCAGUUUCGGUACUGAAAAUAUAUGUCCCCCGUUCCAUUCUGGUCUUAAAAUCCCCCUUUUUCCCAUUACACAUUUCAAAUCAGCAUUUCACCGGUGGGGGAGAGACCGUGUUUUAACACACAGGCUUCGAUGCUCUCUGCAACCCCACACGUUUUAUUGUUUUGUACACACCCAGUGACUAAAUGUAACAAUGACCAGAGGGAUUCUGGAGGAGAAGCCAGACAUGGAACAGGGCCUUCCCCGACAGUCCGGCCGAGAGGACUUCUGUCGAGACCACAGCGUCUAGCAGCAAACGACUAGCUGCUGUAACUACAAUAAUAACAUUUAUUCUCUUUAUUUCCCCCUAUGGGAUCCAUGGGAUGAAUCUCACGAUAGAUAUCUUCAGCACAAUUUCAUCGAUCACUGCAGAUUUGAUUAGAAAAUUCUAGACAAAGGUCAGACAAAGUACCUCUCUUAAGGCUAUCUGGGACAAGACAUGAAACUACUACUGCUGGACACCAACACUGUAACUUUUUAUCUUACAACAAAGCAAUAAGUUAUUUUUUACCUUACAAAUGAUAAUAAAACUAUUAUUGGUGAUAUGCGAUGAUGUUGACAAUUCUGCGGCAUUAAGACUUAUUUUCAAAAAAAAAGUAACUAUAUUUUUCUGUUUUCAAGUCUUGUUCCCUGUGUACAGUAAUUUUGAAGCUGUUCUUGUUUGUGUUGACGUCAGGAAAAUGGCCUAUGUUUUGAGUAGAGCUGAAAACUCUGGCUAUGAGCCCUUGAACAACAGUUGACUUAAACUAUCAUUUGGGGCUGUUUUAUACCAAGCUUUAUCACAAUGUUGUUUUUUUUUCCUCUUUGGAAAUUUCGAUUUUAAAAUUCCUAAUAAAUUAUUCUAAAGCA